AUGCGAGGCUUCAAAAUCUACUGUCUUGAUCGAAUCCCAGCCGUCCACGUGGCAUGGCAAAUCGCCGCGACGUUUUUUAUCCUCCUGGCGGUGUGCCCUUCAAGUCUGAGCGCGUUGCGGCUAGGAGCGGCGCGACGAGCGGCGAGCGAACCACGUCUCGCCACGUUGGUUCUUCUUCCGGAGAAUAAAUACGGAGCGCGAUGCCUGGAUGGGAGUCCGCCAGGGUAUUACCUGCGGGCGGCACCUGCGGAGGGCGUCACCUCGUGGCACAUCCACUUUCCGGGCGGCGGGUGGUGCGCCAACAAAAGACAGUGCAGCUGGCGGGCCGGGCGGCUGCUGGGCGGCACCACCAUGUGGCCGCCGACCAAUAACGCCUCGUGGGUGCAGGGCCGGUUCGGGGGCAUUUUGAGCAGCAACGGGGCGACAAACCCGUUCUUUGCGGGGUGGCACCUGGCCAUGCCAGUCUACUGCGAUGGGGGCAGCUAUGCGGGAGCAGCUGGGCGCGUGGCCGUGGGGGAGGGGCGAUACGUGCACAUGGAUGGCAGCAGGAUCGUCAGCGCUAUCAUGGACGACCUGCUAGCAAACCGAGCGCUGAUGAGGGCAAGCACAGUGCUCAUCUCGGGCACCUCGGCGGGGGGGCUGGCAGUGGUGCGCCUCUGUGACUCCCUCGCUGCACUGCUGCCCCGUGCCACCGUCAAAUGCCUCCUCGAUGGCUCCUUCUUCCCCGACGCCCCUGACCGAAAUGGCAGAAUGCACUUUCAGCGCCUGGCCCAGCAGGUCUCAGUACUACACCAGUUCUCCCCGCAAUCUCGCUGCGAUCAAGUGACUCCUGCGUCUGAGCGGUGGCGAUGCUUCUUUCCCCAAUACGCCCUCCCCCUCGCCUCCUCUCCUUUUUUCAUCGUCAACCCUGCCUUUGACAAGGUAUCACUCCUGAUUGGUUUCGCGAAAGCUUCUAGUAGCGGCGCGAAAAGAAGCGGAAAGAGCAGCGGUAAGGCGAGCGGUGCAACGGGGAGUUCGGCAGGCAAGGCCAGGGCGAGCGCGAAUGUCGACGGUGUACAGGGCAGUGACGGGAUCGCGCGGCUCGUUCUGCUGCGCAAUAAUUCGUUCGGCGCGAAAUGCCUCGAUGGCAGCCCGCCUGGGUACUACCGCCGCGUGGGCUACGGCAGCGGAGCCAAGUCGUGGCACAUCCACUUCCCUGGCGGCGGAUGGUGUGCAACGCGCGACGAGUGUGCGACCCGCGCGACGACUUUUCUCGGAUCGACGAAGUACAUGCCGCGAUCGUCGCAGGGAUCAUGGGUGGGGGAGCAGAUGACAGGAAUUUUAUCUGCCCGCCAGCCAGAGAACAAGCUGUUUUACAACUGGAACCUCGCGCUUCUCGCCUACUGCGAUGGCGGGGGCUACGCGGGCAGCGCUGGGAGGGUUGCGGUGAAGGGCAAGGGGAAAGGCGCUGCGCUGUUCAUGCAGGGCGACGCGAUCGUUAAAGCCGUGCUUAGUGACCUCAAUCGGACGCAGAAAGGGAUGGCGGCGGCGUCGCGGAUCCUCGUCUCAGGCUGCUCCGCCGGGGGCUUCCCAGUCACGCGCCUCUGCGACUCCAUUGCCGCGGCACACCCCAAGGCCAACGUCAAGUGCCUCAUUGACGGGGCGUUCUUCCUAGACGCUAAGGACUUGCAGGACAGCUUCACUUUCAGGUCAACCAUACAGAGUGUUGCUUCCCUGCAUCGAUUCACCGACAGCAAAUGCAGCCGAGCCACUGGUGCAGAACCAUGGAAAUGCAUACUUCCGGAAUACUCUUUAAAGGCGUUAUCAGCAGCUGCCGCGUCUGCUAGUGCGUCGGCGUCGAUGGGCCCGAUCCCGUCGGGCGUUCCCAACACGAAUCUCUACCUCCUGCCCAACAACGACCUCGGCGCUAAAUGUCUCGACGGCAGCCCUCCGGGUUAUUACUUCCGGCCGGGCAGCGGCAGCGGCGCCAAGUCGUGGCACAUCCACCUCCCCAUCGGCGGGUGGUGCGCGACCAUGGAGGACUGCGCGGACCGCGCGAAGACGCCGCUGGGGAGCACGCGCAUGCAGGCGGACAAGAACUGGCGCUGGUCCAAGUUUCUCAACAAAGGAAUGAUGAGCCCGCUCGCGAAGACUAAUCCGCUGUUCUUUAACUGGAACUAUGUCAUGCCCGUGUAUUGCGACGGCGGUGGGUUUCAAGGGAAGGCGGGGUUGAGAUCGGUGGAGGGCGGUCCGUCGCUGUACCUCGAUGGUCGGAAGGUUCUCCGUGCGAUUCUUAGAGAUCUUAUGGCGACACGUGGCAUGUCGUCAGCCUCUCAGGUGCUCCUCUCGGGAGCAUCGGCGGGCGCGCAGGCAGUGACGACCUUUUGUGACUUUAUCGCGGGGCAGCUACCGGGCGCCACCACAAAGUGCCUCAUGGACUCGGGCGUGUUUGUCGACGCGCGCGACCGCAAGAGCGGGCGGAGGUUCCGCUCAGUGGCGCAGAAGCUGGUGGCGAUACACCAGUUCCAGGGGAGCGACCGCUGCAGCGCAGAGUACAACUCGAGCACCCAGUGGCGCUGCUUCUUCCCGCAGUACUCCCUGCGCUUCGUCUCGCGCCCCGUCUUCAUCGCCAACUCCCUCUUCGACCGUCACGCCGCCGUCAUCGGCAACCAGAUGCCGCUCGAUUUCACCUACGCUGACACGUGCCUGUCGGAGCUCCUUGCACAGCCAAUCACAGUCAGCCAGCUCCAGAGCGACCACAUGAGGAGCGUGAUUCCAGUGGCUCAGAAGCCAAUGCAGCACUGUACAGACGCAGAGAGGGAUUCGGUGCUGUCUGUUGCUGUGAAUGUGUUGGGGACUGUGGAAGAGUACGUGAAAAGCCACCCGCAAUCGGCGGCAUUUCUGCCUGGGACGUCUGACCAUGGAUUUACAUUUGUCGGGCUUUGGAGUAAGAUGAAUGUCAAAGGGGCGAGGAUACGGAAUGCAGUUAGGGCGUGGUACAGGGGUUCAGGGCUUAAAUCUAAUUUGAUUUAUUCAUAA